AAAAUGUGCUGAAAUAUUAAGAUUGUCACUGAACACAAGUCUACACCGAUUGAUCAAAAACAUCCGGAUUCGAGCUCCGAUUUUUCACAUUUCAUUGAAGAAUUCAUAUGAAUUGAAGAUGAGUGAGAACAUGGAAGGUGAAUCAGAUAGGGAUAAAGAUGAUGGACCCAUCAAAGGAGAAUCACAAGGAGGAGAUGCAUUGGUGGUAAAAUCUAGCACCCAAGUACGCUUCCCUCGUGUGAUGCAGAGAUUGUUUCCAUACUCUCGUCUUAAGUUGAAUACCAAUCUCCAUCAGCCGCCUCCAAACUGGCUUCGAAAUGGUCCUGCCAUACAGUUACCUAAUACAUGGAUCAGAGGUGAACCUGCUGACAUAUCCAGCUUUGGAAUGGCAGAUGCAGAUAUAAUGGAUGAUGUAGAUGUCAUUUCAGCUUCAGAGAACAUCAAAAAAUUGCUGAAGAUACCUUUCAGUAAUGAGCAGGUCAGCUUGGCAGUCCAUCGGAUUGGGAAAACUCUUCUUCUUGAUAAACUUGAUCUCUAUAAGCACCUUAGGGAUGCCUCACAGUCUGAGAAGAAAUGGUUACAGGAUGUAUUUAUCAGACUGGUUCAGAAUGAAGGAGAGAAUAAGUUUCACAGUCAACUAAAAACAUCAGAGUAUAGACAGACAGUUGAUCUCCUUUCAAAGUUCCUAUAUCACAGCUUGGGCCCAGGAUAUGACAUACAUGUAGAUGAGACGGAAGAAGGUCAGAUCCCUGAAUUGGCUAAAGCAAUUCGGCAGCUACCUGCACCAACGGAGGAUGAUGUAAGUCAGUUUGCUCGUCAGGUCAUUUGGCAGUUUGAAGACAUACGGAUGUUGAUAGGUACAGAUCUACCUAUCUUUGGUGGUACAACAUAUCCUGCUGUCAGUCUAAGAUUGAGAGACACCCAGAGUCCCAUCAACAUUCUAACUGGGUUAGAUUACUGGCUUGAUAAUCUAAUGUGUAAUGUACCUGAGCUUGUCAUGUGCUACCAUCUUGAUGGAUUUGUACAGAAAUAUGAACGUCUCAAGACCGAGGAUAUCCCAGAACUUAAGAAUGCACAGUUCUCACCAAUGGUUGUGAAAGAUAUUGCUCAAAACAUCCUCUCAUUCAUCAAUAGUAACUGCACCAAAGAAGGACAUACCUAUUGGCUCUUCAAGGGUAAAAAUGAUGAUGUGGUCAAGCUCUAUGACCUGAGUAGCCUGAUAACUGAGCACCCAGACUGCCCUUGGGACAACCCCUUUUUGGUCCCUGUUGCCAUGUUGCUAUACCGUGUUGCUCGUAACAUGGCUCAGGCUUCCAAGAUAUCGGCCAAGAACAAGCACAUCAUUGUUUACCUUCUAAAUAAAUGCCUGUCAUUAUUGGCUCAAUGCAGAGAUCAGCAUUUAGAGAUUGUAGCUCAAGCCAACUUUAUCUUAUGUCAGAUGUUCAUGGAGGAAUCUAGGCAGAAACGACAUGGUAACAUGGGAGAUGAUGAUAGUUCUGAUUCAGCUUGGAAUGGGAGCUCUACGACCAGCAGUGAUGUGGAGGAUGAACCCAAUGAUGAUGUCGAUGAGGAAGAAACAAAGAGAGGAGAGAUUGUUCUUCCACCAAUCAAAAUCAAGAAUCUUACUGUCCCUAGUAGCAAGACAUGGAAAUGCAAAGACACUGAUAGUAGGAGGUCAAAGGUCAAAUCAUUGGAUGCUUCAAAAAUGGAGAAAGCAAACCAGAUUUUGAAAUAUGUUGCUGAUGGCCUUGAUGCAAUAAAGAACAGUAUCCCUGAAUCUACUACCACUACAUACCCAUCACCACCAUCUUCACCGUCACAUAGUGCUAUACCACUUCCCUUGCCCUCUUCAACCCCUGAAAGGACCUCCUUACCUACUGGUAAAGCAAUUCCACUGCGAGAUAAACCAGAAACAGAGAAGCAAAGAUCACCAGAUAGGACUGGCGGAAGGGAUGGUCAUGAAGGAAAUUUACCUCAUGGUAAAGUUCGGACAAAGACGCUAGGUUUGGUUGAUGCGUGCAUGCCUACAGGAGGAGAAGUUGCACAUGAUAUCAAGGAGGCUGGUAGAUCAGUCCAAAGAACUGAAGCUCUGAAAUCCUUGGAGACAACCAGUCAAGAGGUACAUGUAGAUAGCAGUGGAAUAGGAUCUAAUAAAUUGUCUCUUCAGUCUACAAUCAAACAAGAUGCAUCGAUUGAAAAUCCUGGUGAAAUGUCAGGGAAUCCUUGUGACCAAUUACAGCUGAAGGGUGGAGCUGGACAGUGCAGUGACCUUGUGCAGACUGACCACUCACCAAGAAGGAGAAGCAAGGCAGUGGCCAAGGAGAAACCAUUUCCUCAAGGUUCUUGGCAAGAGACAUCUGGGUUGCUAUUGCUGGAGAAGGCUUACCAGGCAUACGUCACCCUGACUGGGUUAACAUGGGAGGAACAUAAACAUGGCAGGACACUUCUCAUGGCACAGCUGGCAGUAAAAUGCUUCAAUGCUUGCAGGUCAAUCCUUGAUGGAGAGAGCAAUAUUUACAAUGUUCUAAUGAUGUGUGGUGAUUCCCAUCUCUUGCUGACCCAUGACCCUAGCAACCAUCAUCUUCACCAUGAAGAUUAUCAGAACAUCUCAGAGACUGACACCUUCAUCCUAGAAACGGCCAUCAUCCAGCAGACAUCUCAAGAUUACGAGUGGGCAACAGAAUUCCUGACAGAGACGGAAGAAUGUUUGGAAUGCAGCAUCAAAUGUUAUAAAGCUUGUCUAAAUGAUAAGGUGAAGAAGGGGAAAGCAUUCAGGAGGAAUCUUGGUCAGAAGCUAGGGAAUGCUUGUAAUGAACUAGGCGUCUUCUUCAUGAACACUGCAGCUAAUCUAGCUUCAGUAAAAGACUCAAUGCCCAGUACAUUUGAACAGGAGCUAUGGAAAGAGAGUUAUCGUUGUUUUGACACUGGUGUGAAGUCCUUUGAGGAAGUCUCAGAUUCAAUUAAUGUGGCUCUUCUCAAUUGUAACAUGGGGCGUCUUAUGAGGCUAUGUGCACAGAGCUAUGCAUCAGGGGGCAGCAUGGGACCAAAUUCAGAAUUUAGCCCAAAGGAGAAGCACUAUUAUGUAAAGGCAGCAGAGUGUUACGCAAGGGGUCUUCACAUCCUUGGCCACAAGAGCGGACACGUUACAUUGUGGGAUUCCAUUUCGUGGGAGCUCUGCUCUACGUACUUCAACAUGGCAUGUUUGAUGCAGGAUCAACCUCCAGUAGCUACCUCCUCUCUAGCUGAGAUUGAGAAGGAUGUGUUGGAGUUCAUGAGCAAAGCAUUAACUCUUUGCGAUGUAGAGGAUACAUCAUCUAGUAGACAUCCACUGUAUCAGUAUAGGGCAGCUACUAUCCAUCACAGGCUUGCAUCCAUGUAUCACAAUUCAAUUAGAAGUCAGUCCUCUCACAUGAAGAAGAAGCACACUAAGACUCUAGCUGAGCUUCACUACACAAAGGCUGUCAAACUCUUCAAGGAGAUGGAUCGUCCUGUUGAACUAAUCCGGGUUGAGCUAGAGAGAGUAGCAUUGCUGGAACAUCAGUUUGAAACUCAAACAAGCAAAGGACCCAAAUUGAAGACCCUAGAGACUGCACUAGGCAUCAUCCUUAAUUGUAGUGACAUCAUCCCUCAGUUGGAAAAACUGAGCUACAAAAUAGUAGCAAAGACUGCAGAUAAAUCAGAAUCUGUGAUGCAGGAUGUUGCAGCUUCCAAGAAGGAAGAUGUAGGGCUUCAUCAGAACGUCAUUAAGAGUGACAAGGAACAGGAAACAGGAAACCUCGAAAAGGUUGAUGGGGAAGAGGAGCAAGGAUGUGAAGCUGUAGAAGGGUCAAAGACUGUGCCCAGAAUGUCUCCUCUGAGACAAGGUGAAGGGUUAUCUGAAGAAGUGGCACAUGAUGCAAGUCAAGGACUUGAAAGAACUACUGAGGAUCUACCCUUGGGGAAAGAGACUAAUGAAACUUCAUCAAGGGAAGAUCAGCUCCAAGGAGCUGUUGGAGAUCCUGCAUGUGAGGGAGGUGGAGCUGAAGCAGAAGGAGCAGUAGGUGGAGCCGAUGAUGGAGCGAAGGUAGGAGAGGAGGACAUGAUUGACGGUACCAAAUCAGAAGUUGAAGAAGUCAAGAGAUUGCUGACUAUCUUCGAGAGUCGUCUUCAGUUUGUCCUGCUUUAUCUUGUCAAGUAUUCUAGCAGUGGCAAGCAUGGCUCCAAUGAUGAAGAUCGAUACAAGAAGAUGUACAGCUCAUCUCUAGGCAGACUUCACAGCUCAGCAGGCUCUGAUAAAGUUAGCCUAAGCUCAAGACUUCAGGAUAUAUGCAACAUUGCUUCUACUCAUAGAUAACAGUAGAUGAAGAUAUCUAGGCAAAGUGGAUGAAAACAUAAAAUAUUUUUGAGAAGGGAUGAUAGGUCAAGAGGGAGAGAGAGAGAGACAGAAGCCGAGUUGGAGAGGGAUAGAGAGAAUGAAAAAUGGACAGAAUAAGGAGAUGCGUGCUUAGGCUCUAUCAGGUGCCUGUUUUGAGAAAGAAGUUGCUGCACCUUGAAAAUGUUGCUUAAAUUUCACUGAAAAUUUGUAGUCUAAUAUGAACUGGGUUUUAAUAACAGUUCAUCUGCUUAAAGCACAACUAGUAUGCUGCAUUACUGUAGAACACCCAGAGACCUCUGAUAAAGCGAAUGCAAGCGACUUUAUGUGCUAGUAUAAUUUACUUUUAUUAGAGAUAUUACAUUGGUUGUUGUGUAAUGGAUAUUCAUAUGCAGAAUGUAUACAGUGACAAGUUGCAUGACACCUCUCUUUACCAUCAUUAUUAAAGGCAUUACAAUUAUUGUGCAAUAUUCUAUUUGUCAAGUAUUAGUAUAUGAGAAUUGUGAUACACAUGAAAAGAAAAUUAUUGUUAUUCAUCUCUUUGAAAAUUAGCACAUGAAAAAAUAUAUGGAAGAAUUUUAUGUCCAGUAUCGAUUUCGAACAUAUUCAGACUGAAACUAUUAGGGCCACAGACUUGAUAUUUAUUUUUCUUUAUAUGUAUGUUUUUAAGUAUUAGUCCAGUUCAAGAAGUGCCAAAUGUAUUGCUUAAAGUUGUUCUUUUACCUCCAAAAUACUUCCUUGAAUUUAGGUUUUUUAUCAUUGAGAAAUGAAUUGCAUAUUUCAACUUUCAGCUGAUGUGAUUAAAAAUUAUAAUCAAUAAAAUAUAGCUUGCCAUAUUUAAUGUUUUUGAAAAGACUUGGAACACUUUAUGUACUGUUUAAUGAAAGACAUCAGGCUUAUCUUUAUCACUUUACAAUGGAAGUCAUUCUUUUCAAGUUAAGCAAAGAUCCUGUCUGAAAGUAUUUGGUUAUGAAUAUAUAUAUCAAUCUUGCAUGAUUAAUAUAGGUAUAAGCUAUGGAAAUCCAACAAUGUCAUUGUUUAGAUUGAUUGCAUUAUGCCAGAGUAUAGUGCUUUUGAGAGAUAACAUUGACCUAUACAUUAUAAUCUUUUUGACCAAUCACUAUGUUCUUUUGACAUUGUUAGCUUUCCAUAACUUAUACCAAUUUCACCCAUGCAAGAUGUAAAUACUGUAGAUACAAUAACCAAAAUACCUUCAGACAGGAAGUAUAAAAAGAACAACUUUAUGCUAUACAUUUUGUUGUUAACCAAUGGCAUUCUGUAAUAUCGUCUAAGUUGCUUAUUAUGACAUCAAUGGCUCUGAAUAGUUUUGAUUUAUAUUAUCAUCAAUUGUCUUUUUAGGCCAGUAUUAUAUGUAAAGAGAAAGACCAACAUUUCAACACAUAGUGCAUCUAAUUUAGUGAAUGGAUAAAGUUAAGCUAUUUAAGAAUAUACUCUGUAAUUAUAUUCUAAUUCAGAGUUUAAGAGAGUUAUUUACAAUGAUUGCCAAUUUAUUUAAAAAUGAGAUUCUUCAGAAUUCUGCAGACAAAUUAGGCUUGCAUACAAUUCUCUUAUUCUAAUUCUAUUCCCCCCCCCCCGAAGUUUUUAUCAUGACUAGAAACGUGAUGAAUAACCCAUGGUUUGUAGGAUUGAAAAAAAACACAAUUAGAAUGUGAGUAAAAGUUUUUAAAAAAUUCAGAAGAGUGCAACAGCAAGAAUUGGCAGAAACAGAAGAGAGGAGAAAAAUUAGUAAAACAGAAUGGUGAAUACCGGUAUUUGAAACAAAUCAUAGAAGCAAUAGAAAAGUUAUAGCUGUUUUAAAAUUGAGAUCCCUAAGAUUAUGUAAAUUUCAAAUUGGUAACUGGGUAAGUAAAUUAUGACAAGUGGAAGGGACAACUUUCCUACAGUCCAUGUACUUCAUUAUCAGGGUUUUGGUUUUUUCCCCCUGUAACCAAUUUCCCUGGGGCAGUAGUUUUAAUAUGAAGAGACGAUGGCUCAAUGCACGAAAGCUCGGUCGGUAGAGCGGGAGUUUUGGAUAUUCCGAUGACCCGUGUCCGAUUGCCACUUUGUACGCUAAUGCCCUUUAAAUUCUCAUUACCAAUAUGCUUCUACCAGUCUCAUCCAUGGUCCUGUUAAGUAUUUCCCUAUGAGUCCAAGGGUGCGACAACCAAUCAUGCAGUGCCUUAGAUUUAAAUCAUGCUUAACAGCUCACUGAAGGUCAUUUUGAUUUUCUGUCCAUACCUUUGUGAGAAAGUUUGCUAUAAUUGGCUGGAGGAAGAAGCAAGCUCCUGCAUUACGAAAAUAGAUGUGGAAUCUGUUUCCAAUGAUGGGCUCCAAAAAGGUUUGAUGCCAUUCAUUCUGAGAAAAGUUCUUAGUUCAUUUGGUAGUCCAACACCAUCCUUGAGGCAUAAUCUGCACAGCGACUGCACAAAUGCAAAUGUUUCACUACAGCUCCUUGAACGAAAGCUAUGAAGAGAUGCAUCAUCCAUCUUCACUCUUUCCUCCCAUGACUUGACGUUUUUUCAGCUGUCUUCACAAAAGUAUCAAGCGGAUGCAUACCACAAUAGAAAUUAUUAAGAUAGCCCUCAGACUUUUCAAGAAUUUUUGAGUUCGCUCAUUUAUUCACAAUGUGACGAUCCGUCAUCGUAUUUGAUAUGUUACCUAGAAUGUUGCAUGACUGAGAUGGAGAGUGAAGACUUUCAACAGAAUCAUUUAUUACAUCUACAUAAGACUCUGCUGUUCCUGAUGGCAUUUCAUGAAUUCCAAUUGUGUAUGUUUUGUUCUUGUUGGCAAUCUGCACCUCUCCAAAAUGCCUUCUCUUUUUUGUUGUUCCAUCAUAUUUUAUUGUGGUGUUAUUGCUGUCUUCAAGAUCUUUUCCGACAUGAUUUCUUUAAAGCUGACGCAUUUCUGGGAUCAUCCUAGAACAAGUCGAUGCAUCGGGUAGUUUUCAGACCUGUUUCCUUGUCAUUUUUUCAACUACAAACUUAAUUAAGGGGGAUAUAUUUUCUGUGGAGACUUGAUGGCUAAUGCAGUGAUAAAUGCACUCUCUGACAUUGGUAUUUUAUGUCUUCCUGUCUUGCAUCGUCUCUAUCUUUUUAUUCUUUUCAAGUUCAAUAAGUUU